GAUUUAUAUCCUAAUGAAGUGUCUAGUAGUCUAUUGUAAAUUUAAACCAAGAGAGUCUAGAUAUUACAGAUAUAAUUCUACAAUUAAAUAUAUUUUUCACACAAUUUAAGACUAGUUGAGCCUUCAGUUCCAGAGUUCCAGUACAUGAGAGAUAAUGGAGAAUUUUGAAUUGAUUGGGCCCCCGGCCCCGGUGAAGAAGAAGUACAUACCCCAGCACGUGAAUGAUGCAAGGCUGGAUGAAAAUAUCCAAACUGUUCUGUCUCCACCCAAUGAGAAGAUUGUGGAUAUUCUAGAGGACGAUAAGUUCCCUAUAGGUGUCAAGGGGAGAGAUAGACGCUUUAAGCCUCAAGAUAAUAUACUGAUCAAGCUCGGAAAUUUCACAAAGUUGAGACGAGGAAGAUCGCCGCCGGACAGUUGGACAGAAGAUGAAGUUCGCAAGUUUUGGUCGUCAAUCUACGGGACACAUAAAGACGAUGACCCAGCUGAGUAUACUGACAUGAUGCGAGCUCAGAAAAGGUUGUCAGCACGGCCCCCGCCAACAACUAUGCCAGGAAUUCAAGUAAGGCUAUCAUCUGAAGUUAUAGACCAAGAAGUUAUAGGAUAUAAAAGACUUGGCAGUCUCCGAAGAGAAAGCAUCUGGUCCAAUAAAGAAAAAUUAAAACACGAAGGUGAAAGGGGGAGUCUCGCUCCUGAUGACAAAACGCUACGACGAUUUUCCACCAGAAGACGAUCUAAGCAACAUAAAGGAAAGAAACACAAAGACAAAUCUGAAAGGAGCCGAACAAGUAGCAUUCAUACAAAAGAUCUGCCGAUAGCGCUGGCACAAGUGUUGCCAACAGUGCCGCCAGCAGACGUGACAAUAACUAAAGUAAAGACGAAGAAGAGUAAAAAAGAUCUGACGGUUGUGCCGGACGCUCCCUUACAGAUCUCAAAAGAACAAAUGGGCAACCGCUUCGUGGCUACCACCAUCAUCCACGGACAACAGAGGGUGGUCAAAUUUAAACAGAACUUGUCCUACCUGUCAGGGAUGGGGUCACAGCUCACCAUCUCAGCCAAGGGGCCCGCAUCGAAAGAGCAGCGAAACCUUGAGUUCAUCAGCGUGGCAUCAAAGAAGUCUAUGUCGAAAGAAACCGCAAUUCAGAGUAAGGCUCAUUCAAGGGUAGACGUCUCCAUAAUGAGAUCGGCAGACAACUUAGAAGCAGACAGACUGUCUCCGGACACAGAUGAGAUUGAUUUAUUGUCUCAAAUUGGUGACAAAGAAACAAUCGAUACGCUUCUUUCGCUCCCACGUGCCAAAAGUAGAAGAAAGUACAAGGACAAGAUAAGCGCUAACAUGGGCUUGGAAGAUUCUGAGAUAGAGGAAAUGAAGAAAAAUUAUCAACCGCCAAAAGCAUUGAACACCAUGGCUGAAUUCCAAAAGAAGUUUAUCAAAGACAUUGCCCCAAUCACCAAACAAGAGAGAGAAGAUCGCAAGCACUCAAUUGAAUUUAAAAAGCCCAGAAAAUUCAAGUUCUCUAUAGAUCUACAUGAUAAAAAGGAGACCGAGUUGAUCAACAAGGAACCAUCCGCUGAGGCUUUACCUAGAUACCGAAAGAGGUCUGGCUAUAAACCAACAGCAGAACAAACUACAGAAAUGUCAACAGAAAAGGAAGAAGAAAUUCAUUUGUCAGGAUCAUCGUCAAGAUUGGAGGAGGAAGUUUUAUUGUCUGCAAAGUCCUCUCAAAAGAUCAUGAAAGCCAAAUCCACUCCAUCUCUUGGUCUGGAUGUAAAGCCAAAGAGCAGAAAUGUAUCAAUUGAAAAAGUUAUAUCUAAAGAAGAAAUGGAUAUUCCACUGUAUGAAGAAAUAAAGGUCACCCUAGACGAAGAAGCUGAGGACAACAAUGAUGCUGAAGGAGAGACAUCACCUGCAUUGCCAUCUCAAGGAGUUUCUCAGACUGACUUAACGGACAAGCAAGUUGACUACUUGAAAGUUGGAGAAACGAAAGAUAAGAGAAUUACUAAGAGAGAUUUAGGGAAAAAAAAUAAAAGGAAAAAAAGCAGGCCAAAGAUGAAAAGCAAGUUCGCGCUCAAAUCACCUCUGAAGGAAAGCCACGUGCUGUCGAAAACCGACCAAUCCUUUCUCAUCCCGAGUCACGAGAAAAGCGCAUUGACCGAGUUGCUAGCAAAAGCUUUGGAGAAGAGAUUAAUUAAAAACAGCGUUUCUAUGGACCGUUUCGAGAAAGAGGCCAUCAUAAGGUCGUAUGAGAAAAGCUUCCUGUGGCAGUGUCGUGGGCUUGAAGAAAAGGAGAAGGCGUCCCUGCUUCACUUCCUGGAAGAUCAGAUUUCGAGCUCUGGUCCCGAUUUGAGAAGCCCCCUAAAAAAUAUCACAGCUGUAGAGUCAUCGUUCGUCACACGCGACGCUUCGACUGAAAAUGUUGUCGAGCCGCGCCCCUACGGGAGUGGCUUGGUGCGGCAAAGUGAUGCGCUUGGAGAAGAGGAGAAAGCCUUCCUGCUUAGCUCCUUGGAAAACCUGAUUUCGAGUUCCGGCUCUGAUGUGAGAAGCACACUAACUGAAGAGUCUUCCCUCUUGACAAGCGAUGUUUCGUCAGAAAGAGAUGUCGAGCCGCGCUCCCAUAAGAAAAGUGAUGGAUUUACAGAAAAGGUGAAGGCAUCUCUGCUUCGCUCCUUGGAAAAUCUUGCUUCGGGCUCUAGCCCCGAUCGGAGAAAGCAACCAACAGCUGAGGAGUCCCAGUUCUUUACAAUCGACGCUUCGUCUGAAAAAGAUAAGGAGCAGGACUUUCUGCUUCGCUCCUUGAAAAACCGUGUUUCGACUUCUGGCCCGGAUGUGAGAAGCCCACUAAAGCAUCCGACACCUGAAGAGUCCCAGCCCUUAACAAGAGUCGCUUCGACUGAAAAAGCUUUUCAGCAGCGCCACUAUCGGCCAAUUACAGAGGAUGAAUUAUUGCAAAAUAUGACAAGAGGUAAAUUGCUGGAGUCUCUGGAGUCCGAACUACGCGUGGAGAGGAGUACGCUAAGUCCAAUACAAUACUCCUUGCCGCCAAUCGUCAGCCAAACUGGCAUGGUGCUGGAGAGGCAGCUGGACCUGGAGAACGAGCAUAUGGACGUAGCUGACCACAGCUUCAUGGAGAAACAUAAACUGGACACGGCAAGGAACGCAGCGUUCCAUGGCCUGAAUCCUGAGUUGAUCAGAAGGAAACUGGAAAAUGACCCGAGGAAGGCCUACUGGGAGCGUCGACUCAAACGUCUGCCUAAGCCGGUGACCAGAAGAAAGACGAAGAUAAAACCGAAAUUUACAGGUUGGGAUUGCGACAAGCCACUUGCCGACCACCUCUGGCGACGUUUGCCACGUGAACAGGACAACGCUUUGCACCUGCUCAGGUUCCUGGAAAGAAGGUCUGACAGUAAGCACGCCUUCCCGGACACGCAAAAUGAGGAAAGAGUUAAAACGCCCAGCACAGAGAGCAGAGACUACAUUCUCCAGUUCGGACUGCAUGAGCUUUUUGAAUUCCUGAUGGUAUGUUUGAUCACAGACAAACCCGACAAGCCGCUGGACUUUCUGAUCGACUUGGCGCACUGCAUCAACGCUGAGCAGAAACACAGGAGGGAGGCGGACUACGUGACGAGAAGAGGCAUGCAGAACUCUGUGGACUCUGACGCUCAUCGUAUGGUGCUGCCCUACAUCCCCUCAGAGCCUUCUUCUUUAUCGUCGAGCUCCCCCAGCAGCACCCCCGCGCCGGAGACGACAUCGUCGUCCACACUCCACCCGAGUCCGGCCAAUGCAGCCUCCUCCCCCUCGAGCUCAUCAUCCAGUCCAUUGUCGCAGUCAUCAUCGUCGUCGUCUUCACACGAGCCUGAGAGCUCCACCCCUGAGUCCCCUUCUUUAUGAUUUCAUAGAGACACGACUUUGACUUUUUAUGCCAAGUGUUACACGCUUCCAUCAUGCAAGGAACAUAUGAAAGUCAGCUUAAAAUUACCUUAGUUGGCCGCAAAGGUAACAGAAAAAUUAAGCCAUGUUCAAGAAAAUGGCCGUAAUGCUAGAUGGUCAUCAUGUUUGGAAGUUUAUCGUAAUAAGUCUGCGGCGUUCUUUUAAGUAACUAUCUCAGCGGUUCUCAUCAUGUGUAUUGCGACCCCCGGUAUAAGGAUAAAAGACUAUUUUCCAGAAAUCACCUGAAAUCGGAAGCUUCUUUUUAUGUGUCUGUUCUAACGUGAAAAAACGUGACAUUUUCUGUCGCUAUUUUUUUUUAUUUCUUAGUAUGAUGGUCAGUCGAUGAUAAAUGUUGAGGAUAGCCGAAUCAGAACGAUUUCUAACAUUUUAAAUGUCGCGACAUAACUAUUUUCAACAGUUUAAAAUACGGUCCAUCAGACGAUGACCGGAUUUAAAGGCUUGAACUGUGGCGUAGCUAGGGUGGUAGUGGGGGGAAUUUGAAAAUCCCUCCAGGCCCCCACUUGAGAAGGGCCCCCCCACUUGAGGAGGGCCCCCACUUGAGGAGGGCCCCCACUUGAGGAGGGCCCCCACAUGAGGAGGGCCACCAAAUUGUUCGAAAUUAUUUUUUUUACGUUAAAUAUUAACCCAUUAUCUGAUGUCAUGAUGUCGAAUGUCAAAAUGCAGGGGCCCCUUAAAGAGGUAAAGCCCCCCACCCCGGCCCCCCAAAUGAUGGCAAAUUCCUAGCUACGCCACUGGGCUUGGGCUUAGCCUGAAAGCAGGGGUCAUCUAUCUGCCUCCACUUCCUGGACAACAUCCACUAGACUGUUAUUACAUCACAAGCGGACAAACCAUAAUUACAUAUUGAGUCAUAAAACUUUGGCAAUGUUUAUUUUCUGACAAUGACAAAGAUAUUACGCGUUUCAGAUUUAUUAUACAUUAUGAUUUUUUUGUUUAUCAUUAGGAUAAAACACAGUUACUUUGGCGUUGGUAUAAUUGGGUUGGCUGCAUAAUUAUGAAUCAUAUUAAUAGGGUCGCGGAACAAAGGUUGAGAACCGCAGGACUAUAGAUAUUUCAUUGGUAUAUGUGAUGCGUUAAACGAAAGAACACUUAUUAACUAUAGUAACAUUCAACCCUCCAAGAAACUAUAAGUAUAUUUUUUGAUCAUCCUGUUUUAUUUUGUAUGCGCAUAGCUGUUAAGUUGUAUUUUUUUUUCUUCUUUAGACAUAUUAUCAAUUUUAAAACUUUUAUUCUUAAAGUGUAUGUCUGCGUGGGCAUGUAAGUAUGUCGGAGUAUACCCAUGUUAAAUAAAUAUAUUUACAAAAAAAAAAGUAUUUUAAAAGCUAGAUAUAAGUUUUGUAUGCACACAGAGGUCCACCUAUUUUAACUAAUAUGCUUCAACUUGAUUUCUACCUUUAACUUACCUACACAUCUGUAUUCUAUAUGCAAACCCUAUUCCACUGAAUAAUAAUGUAUGCCUUUUUUUUUUAUCUAUAAAUUUUAUUGAUGCAUUUAUUGUAGAAAAAAAUUAUGAAAAACAAAACUUUGUUAUAUUUUAUGUUUAUGAUAAUGUUGUUUAUAUCACCAGUGGGACUUUUUUGAUAGUAUGCUUUUACAAUUGACCUAAUAAAGUGAUGUUGACAAAUCGA